ACUGGAGCCUCAGCUGAGUGGCAUGUCAGAGGCUGCCUCGCAGGAACUACGAGCCUAGGCUAGGAACGUCUAGGCUGCGACAGAGGCUACUGCUGUCACCACAGGCGUACAAAUCCCUCUGCCGGGACUGGGUGCCUGCACUAGCGCAAAGCUAGUUUUCUCACGGAGCUUGUACGGUGCACCCCUGGACAGCAUGCUUGGAGUUUUCCUUCUGGGUGUGCUGGCUCCAGCUGGCCUGGGGCUCUCUGCACUCGCCAAGCUGCAGCCCAAAGGCAGUCAAUGCGUGGAACACGAGUGCUUCGCGCUUUUCCAGGGCCCCGUGACCUUCCUCGAUGCCAGCCAGGCCUGCCAGCGCCUGCAAGGACAUUUGAUGACAGUGCGCUCCUCAGUGGCUGCAGAUGUCAUCUCCCUUCUGCUGAGCGACAGUAGUAUGGACUCUCGGCCCUGGAUCGGUUUACAGCUCCCUCAGGGCUGUGGCGACCCGGUGCAUCUCGGGCCCCUGCGCGGCUUCCAGUGGGUUACUGGCGAUAACCACACUAGCUACAGCAGGUGGGCGCGGCCCAACGACCAGUCAGCUCCACUCUGCGGCCCGCUUUGCGUCACGGUCUCGACAGCAACAGAAGCUGCACCCGGCGAGCCGGCCUGGGAAGAGAAACCGUGCGAGACCGAGACCCAGGGUUUCCUCUGCGAGUUUAACUUCACAGCUUCCUGUAGGCCUGUGACGGUGAAUACUCGAGAUCCUGAAGCUGCCCAUAUCUCUAGUACUUACAACACUCCGUUCGGGGUCAGUGGUGCGGAUUUUCAGACGCUGCCGGUAGGCAGUUCCGCUGCGGUGGAGCCCCUCGGCUUGGAGCUGGUGUGCAGGGCCCCGCCCGGAACUUCAGAGGGACACUGGUCUCGGGAAGCCGCAGGAGCCUGGAACUGCAGCGUGGAGAAUGGUGGCUGCGAGUACUUGUGCAACAGGAGCACGAAUGAACCCAGAUGCCUCUGCCCCAGCGACAUGGACCUGCAGGCCGAUGGACGUUCGUGCGCAAGACCUGUGGUUCAAUCGUGCAACGAACUCUGCGAGCAUUUUUGCGUCAGCAACGCUGAUGUCCCAGGCUCUUACUCCUGUAUGUGCGAGACAGGCUACCAGUUGGCAGCAGAUGGACACCGGUGCGAGGACGUGGAUGACUGUAAGCAGGGGCCCAAUCCAUGCCCGCAGCGCUGUGUUAACACCAAGGGCGGCUUCGAAUGCUUCUGCUUCGAUGGCUAUGAGUUGGUGGAUGGAGAGUGUGUUGAGCUCCUGGAUCCGUGUUUCGGAUCUAAUUGCGAGUAUCAGUGCCAGCCAGUGAGCUCCACCGAGUACCGUUGCAUCUGUGCUGAGGGCUUCGCACCCAAGCCAGGUGAACCGCACAGGUGCGAAUUGUUCUGCAAUGAAACAUCGUGCCCAGCUGACUGUGACCCUAACGUCCCUAGCUUUUGCCAGUGUCCUGAAGGCUUCAUUCUGGACGAGGGUUCCAUAUGCACGGACAUUGACGAGUGCAGUCAAGGGGAGUGCUUCAACAAUGAAUGUCGAAACCUUCCUGGCUCCUAUGAGUGCAUCUGUGGGCCUGACACAGCCCUUGCUGGCCAGAUUAGCCAGGACUGCGAUCCCAUCCCUGUUAGGGAAGACACCGAGGACGAUGGCUCUGGGGAGCCUCCAGUCAACCCGUCACCAGGCUCUCCUACAGGCCCCCCUUCUGCCAGGCCAGUGCACUCUGGCGUGCUCAUUGGCAUCUCCAUUGCCAGCCUGUCUCUGGUGGUGGCGCUUUUGGCCCUUCUCUGUCACCUGCGCAAGAAGCAGGGCGCUGCUCGCGCGGAGCUGGAGUACAAGUGCGCAUCUUCAGCCAAGGAGGUAGUGCUGCAGCACGUGAGGACUGAUCGGACGCUGCAGAAGUUCUGAGGGAUGUGCUCCAGAGACCCAGGACUAACUAACUUUCAUAGGCCAGAGAAAACUCUAUUGAAAAUGAAGCAUCAUUUCUUUAAACAUCAC